UUUUCAAAAAGUGGCCAAGUGAAAGGAGACGAAGAGAUUGUUUAGUGUGGUAGCGCAAGAUUUCUGCUAGGUAAGGAAGGUUUGUAUCCUAAAGUUUUUUCCAUGUCCGAUUUUAUCAUGACGUCAAUGAAAGACUACGAAAAGAUUGAGAAAAUUGGCGAAGGUACAUAUGGUAUUGUCUACAAAGCGCGAAAUUUAAAAACACGAGAAUUGGUCGCUUUGAAGAAAAUUCGGUUAGAAUGUGAAGAAGAAGGCAUGCCAAGUACAUCUCUAAGAGAGAUAUCUGUGCUUAAAGAAUUGCAGCACCCAAAUAUUGUAUGGUUGCAACAUGUUGUCCAUCAAGAUGAAAAGUUGUACUUAGUCUUUGAGUUCCUUAAAAUGGAUUUGAAGAAACAUCUUGACACUACAAAUGGAUUACUUGAUAAAAUGCUAGUCAAGAGUUAUUUGUACCAAAUACUGACAGGCAUGCUGUUCUGCCACACAAGAAGGACCCUUCACCGUGAUCUCAAACCACAAAAUCUGCUUAUUGAUGACAAGGGUGUAAUAAAACUGGCUGAUUUUGGCUUAGCUCGGGCAUUUGGUUUACCUAUCCGAGCUUACACUCACGAGAUUGUCACAUUAUGGUACCGAGCCCCAGAAGUUCUUCUUGGCUCCCCUCGCUACUCAACUGCUGUUGACCAGUGGAGCAUUGGUUGUAUUUUUGCAGAGAUGGUAACCAAGCGGCCACUAUUUGGGGGUGACUCAGAAAUUGAUCAACUUUUCCGUAUUUUUAGGCAUUUAGGAACACCAACAGAGGACACCUGGCCAGGUGUCAGUAAGUUGCCUCAGUACAAAGCAACAUUUCCCAAGUGGACAAGAUCAGAGGAUAGUUUAAAGAAAAUUUUACCAACUCUAUGUAGCAGUGGCAUGGAUCUCCUGGAAAAGUUCUUUAUUUAUCAACCAAGUCUGCGAAUUUCAUGCAAGAAGGCACUACAACAUUCCUAUUUCUUGGACCUAAAUACUAGUUCAUUGCCUGCACUGCCUGAUCUUUCUUGAUUAAUUUUUCUAUUGUCAUUUAUCCAAAGAAUACUGACCUUAUGUAUAUCAUAAUGCUAUAAUUGUAAAUAGCCAUAGCUCAAGCAUGCCUCUUUAAAGUGCCCCGAUUGACAUCAAAAACUGUAUAUAUGAGUAUCAAAGUAACGUAACUUCCUGUAAAUGCAGCAACUUUUUGCCAGCAAUUUUAGUUAAUAUAUUGGGGGCAGAGCACGUGCAAUUUGAUGGCAAAAUUAUGAGAAAUGUAGCAUUUGGAUAUGUUUAAUAAAUUAUACUUGAUUGGACUGUUACCAUCAAACUUGCUACUUUCGUUUUCUGA